AAAGUCACGUAAUUAGACUCCGUGGCGUUUGAGAAUCUACGUGGCCGCAGUGGGUACUUGGUACUUCUGAUCCUGAUACACGCACUCAACCCAUCUUGACUUGUUUCUGAUAUCGCGACAUCCGUCAGUAUCAAGUAUCAUCUCCUCUGUCCAGCUGUGCUCAUCGUUUCGUUUGUGAUCAGAAUCGUCAUCGACCACUAUUCGAAGCUAGGAGCCCAAUUCAUAAUGUUAAUGUCUAUGGUGUCCCAUCUGCUUUGUGCGUGGUUCGCGUUCUUGCUGCCAAGCUAUUCUACAUACAAGGCGCUCUCCUCCCCUUUAUCCGGUGAACUCCAGAGCCUUUCAAUGUAUUGGGCUGUCGUCGGAGCUUUUAUUGCGAUCGAGUCGACCAUAGGUCCAUUCGUAUCAUGGCUGCCAUUUUACUGGGAGGCACGAACCCUCUUCUUGCUCUACCUAUCACUCCCCCAAAUUCAGGGUUCGACAUACAUCUACAAAACCUACCUUGAACCCUUCUGUUCCAAGAAUGAGGCAGAGUUGGAUUCCAGCAUUGAUUCUGCUCAGAGCAACGUCCUUGGUUUCCUUCAGUCGCGCAUUUCUAUGCUCAUUGACCUCUUGUGGACCAUUUUGAACAAAACUCCUAUCGCCGGACAACCUCAAGCUGCGGGGGAGGGCAAGCCUGGGCAACAGCCCUACUCCCUCGAAUCAGUGAAGGGGCUUUGGACUUCUUAUGGUCCUGCCAUUUUAGGAGGAUUAUCAAAGUCUGUCACAAAAUCUGGUCCCUCUGCCGAUACUGCUGUGAAGCAGGCUCCAUAUGCCAGCGGUGCCGAGGUCAAUCAAAAUGGCGGGCAGGAUCGGAAGCCUGUAGAACCAGUCCUCUAAGGCACGCUUACUUAAAGUUGAUUUUGCUAAGGUAUUUUCGGUCUUAAAUGAAACACGGAUUUUAUUUUUUAUUUUUUUGUCUUAUCAUUUUAACCAGAGAAUGGGUGUUAUGUAUAUAUAAGGUAGACGUGCGUACUAUACAAUGUGCGUCCAAUGAGAGGUUC